AUGCUUGUCGAAGUGGUCGAGAUCCCGAUGCCUUGGUGGAGCCAGAGCCACUUGAACCGCUUGGACCUACUCCGGGGUCGAGAUCAAGAGGUGCAUCCGCCAAGUGCUUUGCCCGAGAAGAUGAACCAGGCGUCCAGUCCGUGGACUUUGCCGCUCCCUCCACCACUUCCCAACCUGCAAGAAUGCAUGGCAAUGGACGGGGAGGUGCGACGCCCCAGUCCCAACUGGGACCUCGAGCACUUUGACUUGGAGCCCGCUUACGUCCGCUUGGAAGCUGGCCCUGCCGUGAGGGCGUCAGGGCGUGGCAAGUGCCCAGCUCCCUGGCUCUUCGAGAGCCCAAGCAGCGUCCCGAACAAGCCGAGCCCAGAAGUUGCAGGAGCUUCCGUUCCCAGCGACCCGGGGCUCUCAGGGCAGCGGCUGAAGCGAGUCCUCCAUGUCAAGCAGGCUCCGAUUUACAAGUAUGGGGAGUGGUGCGCCCAUUGGGCCGAGAAAGGUGGGAGGGCUCCCAGCGACCCCAUGACGCCACGCUCCGACUUGACAAAAUCCGAGUUUGACGUGCAGUACGGGGCUUGGAGGAAGGCCCUGGUGGAAGGGCCUCCGCGAGGGCGGGGUGCCCGAAUCCUUGAGCUCGACCAGCACUUGCGCGAGUUCUGA